UGUUUAGAUGUGAGGCGGGGCGUGGCGGGUGUUGCCCCGCAGACUUGAGAAUCAUGUGAAAUCGCGGCAGGAGCGAGCCUAAUAAGCCCCGAUGGACUACGCGUAGCCGACGACGUCAGUUUCUCUUCUAAAUCUUGCGAAACUUCGUGUGGACUUGCGACUUGUUCACGCAUAAAUCAGACAAAGCAACUACCAUGGGUAAACGCAAGUCGGCAAGCAAGCCAGAGGGCAAGAAGAAGCGCGAGAUUCUACCAACCACAUUCCAAUGCCUGUUCUGUAACCACGAGAACUCUGUCUCAGUCAAGAUUGACAAGAAGGCCAGCACCGGCGAGCUGUCGUGCAAGGUCUGCGGACAAACAUUCCAGACUGUCACCAACUAUCUCAGUGCACCCAUCGAUGUCUAUUCGGAUUGGGUAGAUGCUUGUGAUGCUGUGGCCAAGCAAGCCGCCGAGAGCACAUCCAAACCAAGAAGAGAUACAUACGGUGGCACUGCGUCGCAGUCACGCUCACAAGCGGCUCGUGGCGAAACUGCCAAUGUUCCAGCUGAUGACGGCUUCAUCGACGACGACGAGCUCGAUGCAGAGGCAGACUACGCAGAUGAGUAGGAGUUUGAUCGAACAAGAAGAAGAGCAGGGGUAAUCAAGCAGCGUGUGGGUGCCCUACUACAUGAGAGGAGUCGGGUUUGGUUCGGGGGGCUCCGAGCUAUGCAUGAUACGGAAAGGAGUUUACGGCACGAUACACCUAGGCGCUUGGCGUAAUACGAGGAUUGACAGACGAGCACGACAUGGGUUCGCAAUAUGGAUUCAAUGAGACGGCGAUAAGCGCCGACACUCAUGGCCUAUUCUACUUGGAAGAAGGAGCAGGCAAGCGAUCACUCUAGAGA